UUGCCAAGGAAUUUGCCAAUGCAGAGCCCCAGCAGCACCAUGUAGAACAGAUGCAAAAUUAAGUUUCACAUUAUGAUAACUUUCUAUGAUGAGUAGACCGUAAAUUAAGCGUUGAUAUUUUGAAGCAGAUGAACGAUUUUCGUAUAAUAAGUGUGUAGCCGGAAAACGUUUGUUCUAGAGUAUACCGGGUAGUCACGUGGCAUCAUUUUUAUUAUAGAUACCCAAAAGUGUCUUUUGAACUAUUAAUAUCAAGUGAUAAUGAACGGUAUUCAGUGUCACUGCCCAGGGCUGGAGUCGGCCCGCGAUGGAGACAAUUCGCCAUACAAUUCUCAGCCAAUGGCCAGCCAGUUUCCCUGUGCCACUGUUCACGACGACCGUGACAAGAAGAAAAAGUCUGGCAGCAGCAAAUCAUUUCUGCCCUCGUACAUUCACGAUAAGGAGAUAAUGGCCAGAAUGGUGUCCCACGACUACGGCCGCCAAUGGCUGGCAGAGCGGGACGCCUGGUUCGAACAGCACGCCACAUCCGACGACAGCCUGCGCACGCGCAUGCUGGACAGGUGCCAGAAAACCGAGAUAGAAUAUGUGAAUGCCCAGAAAUGUUACCGUGACUUAAAAGAACAAAUUGCAAGAGGACGACUAGCAGGAUCAAAAAAGAAGUACAAGCAUGUCCAAGGGGCUCUCGACACGCAUUGGGAGCCGUAUCCACCAAUCAAGGGAUGGAGAUGCUGAAGGCUCCGUUCUUACCAGCGCUGGAUUAGAAUACUUUGAUAGGCGAAAAAUGGAACAAAAAGGAACUUCCCAGUACUUCACCAGGGUCUCGGAAACUGAAAACCAAAGAAGGCGGCCACAUCUUCAGAGUCUGGGUCUCUUAACAGUAAACACAUAUUGUUAGAAAUGAAUUCAAAAUCAAAUGAAGCAAAAAAUACAUUUAUUAACAUUCAACAUGUAGUUAUAACAUUCAGAAAGUGUGUCUUCUGUCUGCUGUGUAGUUGGGUAGGAGCCGAGUCUUCCAUCUGUGGCAUCUGUGUGCGCCUUUCCGCGGUUCGGCGCGGCGGUUGAGCUGUACCGCAAUACAGAGAAGCCUUGCGGCACAGUCUACCCGCCAGGUGGACGGAGCCUGACUGAGCUUGCCAGUCGGCGGGCGCCUCUUGUCGAACAUUUGCUGGCCGCCGUGACUGGUAAGUACGACUGAACCCGAAAGAAGUUAUAUAACAAAGCUAGGAGAGAGAACAAGAGAUAGAGAGAAAGAGAGAAAGAGAAAGAGGGAUAGAGAAGGAAAGAUAAUGAGAGAGAGAGAGAGUGAGAGAGAUAGAAAGAGAGAGAGGGAGAGAGGGAGAGAGAGAGAGAAGAGAGAGAGAGAGAGAGAGGGAGAGAGAGAGAGAGAGAGAGAGAAAUAAAGACUGGGAAGGCGCGCUGGAGGAAGAAAAGAAGAGCUGACGAGUCGGAGUUGGAGUAGGAGCGAUUCUGUAGCACAUCGGCAGAUAGCGACUCUGCCUUUCCGUUUCCAUAUCCUCGAAAUUUUGGAGGUCUGCACUACAAGGGAGGUUGAAACCAACUUCUGUGACUUUCCAGAUGUGCUUGCCACGACUGCCUCCUCCCAGUAGUUUCACCGGAGCCGCUAUCGCAGGACUAAUUAGACACCGGCGUCCUCGGCCCCCCGGUCCCCUGCCGGCUAUCCCGCUGUGCCGUCGGGGUAAACUAGAACGACUUCUGACCCUUCCAGGUAUCAGCGGUCGCUCCCGGAUCACUAAUCCCCCUCCUUGGGUCGGGCGGCCGGCGUCGCUCGCGCGUUAUCAGUACCCGAAGGGUUUUGAAUACGCUGGUCUGAAAGUAGUCCACCCUAUACUGGUCGCAUAUUUCAAAAAAUGGUAUGCAUCCGCCAAAAGCGUCUGGGGGAUCAGGAGCGUCCUCUCCAGCCAGUAGCGUUCCGACCGUGACAGGGAGUGGAGUGCGUCGUCGAGUUGUAGGAAAAUCGGCAGAGCCUCAGCCGACCGGUGCCGGGAGACCGCACGCCGCGCAGUCAUGGAGCUGGAUAUUGAGUUCGACAUCGAGGAGCUCAUGCAGGACGCCGAGAGUCUGGGAAUCGGACUGGAGUACGCUCGGAACGCCAUGGCAGAUUUAGAGACAGAGCGCGAGCAGCCGCCGGCCGGUCCAGCCGCCGCCGCGCCGUCCGGCCCGGCUCCGGCCGCCGCCCCGAGACCACCGCCGUCGGCCGCAGCUACCGCUCCCCGCCGGCCGCAGCUGCCGCAGCUCAGCUGGUCCGAGCUGCACGAGCUGAUCGGGGACGCCACGUCCCGACUGAAGCUGCGCUGGGAGCUGCCGAUGCGCCGGGUCACCCUGCUGAGGGAGGCGCGACGCGCCGCCCGCCGCUCUCUGCAGAAUUGGAGAAGAUCCAGCCGGCGAUAGUCCGUCUCUCUGCCCGGCACCGACCGUCCCGUCGAGUCGCACUCCGCCUCGCCCAGCUGUGUUACCCGCAACCCCGUGGCACUUCGACCCAGGCGCAUUGUGAGCCCGAGCGCAGAAGUGCAUUUAUUCGUGCAGCCAUUACAGUGUAUUGUGAGAGCGAAUUUUGUGGCCAGUGACAUCAGCCAUUUAGGAUUCCUCUCGAUGUUGUGAUUGCAGUUCUCAGACAGGUGUUUUGUGAGUGAGAUGCUCAGCAUCGCUGAUGUUGAGAUAACGGUGCUGUGCUUCAUAUCGCGAGUCUUUUAGCAUGUGAUAUAAUUGCUCAGUUCAAUGUCCAUGGCUGUGCGAUGAAGCUUUGCUACCUUUUCAAAGGAUAUGGCCUUGCCUUGGAUCGGUUUACGUCCCACCGCAAGUGCUGGCAAUGCGGGUCCCGGUGAUGAUAUAUGUGCAACGUGCGUAGGUACAACAUGAUGCGCUGUGUAAUCAAAUGAUAGCAUUGGAUGGCUGUAUGGUAUAUUGUGGUUGCACGUUUUGUGGUGAAAAUAAAAACGCAAACACA